AUGAAGUGUUGUGCCAUCCAGUACCCAUUUAACCUCAUGAUCGCAGACGUAUCAGUGGAAGUAGCGGACGUAUCAGUGGAAGUAGCGGCAGUAGACUCCUCCUGCAGCAGCAUGAAGGCCCAGAGGGACGCCAUCCUGGCCAAGCUGCUGCGGCGAUACGAGCGGCUGCGGCGGCGCGAGGAGCGCGCCAGGAAGCUCAACUCCAUCUGGAGCUACACCAACAUGGCCGUCAUCGGCACCGCCGUGGUCUUCGUACUCGUCAUCAUCAUGUGGGCCCUACUCUGGGUGUUUAUAUUUCGCAGGGACACCACCAAUGGAGUGUAUUUCGCUGGAAUUUUCCGCGUUGCCAACGAAGAAUUCGUCCCCGAAUACCGACAAGCAGAUUCUCAUGAGUUUGUGUCCAUGGCCUCCAGGGUACAACACGUCGUCAGCAAUGUGUACAAAACCUCUUCAGUAUCCAAACUCUUCAGGCAGGCGGUCAUCUCAGACCUCAGUACAGACAGUAAGGGCGGUGUGCUGGUCCACUUCUGGAUGGUGUUUGUGGUGCCGCAUGUGAAGUCGAGUGCGGUGUGUGAGGACUGUGUGAGUGCCAUCCUGCGAGACUCCAUCCACACCAGUCUCCAGAACCGCUCCUCUGUUGGGCUGCUGCUGGGCCUGCCCGUCGACAUCGACUCCAUACUAGUCAACUCUGCUCAACGCUCCGAGUUCACUGGAGCUUCUACUGCUGCUCAGUGUACAGACAAGUUGUACUCCAGCCUGGCGGAGGUGAUGGUUCCCCUGAAGGUGUUUUCCUCGUGGGGGGGCCUGAGCUGCCAUAUUAAGUUGACCUCGGCCCCCGGCACCCUGAUCCGCCUCACCAUCAAGUCCCUCCACAUGGAGCCCAGCAGCUGCCUCACCGACUCCCUCACCGUCUACGACACCCUGCUGCCCAUGAGGGGGAGGAUCCUACACAAGGCGUGUGAGCCAGUGAGCCAGUCGGUGUCGGUGGUGUCGUCGUCCAACGCCAUGCUGCUCUUCUUCAGGCUGACGCACGGCAGCAAGAGCUUCUUUGGACACUUCGAAGCCAUCAAGGACAAGACGUGUGUGCAUGUGAUUGAGACGGCAGCCGGCCCUGAAGGUCAGCUGACCAGCCCUGAAGGUCAGCUGACCAGCCCCUUCUACCCCAGUCUACUGCCCCCACAGUGCGCAUGCUCCUGGACCUUUCAGACUCCGCGUCCUGGUCUGGGAGUGGCGCUGACCUUCCAGAAUUACAUCCUGAGGCUGAAGGACCUUCAGAGCUGUGAACACGGCUGGUGGAAAAUUAACGAAGUCAUAUACUGUGGGAUGUACAUCAGCCACGCUACAGUGUUCCGCAUAUCUGAUUGGAAUCCUGAGGUGGUGUUCCGCUGCAGCUCCCGGACUUCCGAACAGCCGUUCACCAUCACGUACAGCAGCUUCAACAUCAGCCAACCGUGCCCCGAUGACUACUUCCUGUGUGCCACAGGUCUGUGUGUGGAUACGAGUCGCCGCUGUGAUGGCCUGGAUGACUGUCAGGACGAGAGUGACGAGCUCUUCUGCUCGAGCCCCAGUAAGAGCUGUGAUGGCAGCGGCCCCCUGCAUCCUGUAUACGUCUGCAAUGGGGAGAGUGAGUGCUCCAACGGCCGAGACGAAGCCAACUGCACCAAAGAGACCCCGUGCACCUCCAUCAGCUACAGGUGUGGCAGCGGCACCUGCAUCCCCAAGAGGAACGCCAGGUGUGACGGAGUGCCUGAUUGCCAUGACAACAGCGAUGAGGAGGACUGCGCAUGCGGUCGCCCAGCUCUGGCCAAGAGGCUCCUGGACUCCUCGGAUGUGGGCGGAGCUUCAUCCCAGCAAGGCAUCAUGGGUAGUGGUGUUGGGGUGCGGCCACGUGUUGUAGGCGGGGUCAAUGCACUGGAUGGGGAGUGGCCUUGGCAGGUCAGUCUGCUGUUUGGAGGACACCUAUACUGCGGAGCCUGCGUCCUCAACUCUGAUUGGCUGCUCUCCGCGGCCCACUGCUUCAGCAAGGAAAGGCUGUCGGACCCUCACCAGUGGGCGGCCCACAUGGGCAUGCUAACGCAGGGCAGCGCGCGCUACGUGGCGGACGUGCGGCGCAUCGUGCUGCACCAGUACUACAACGGCCGCACCUUCGACUAUGACAUCGCCCUGCUGCAGCUGCGGAGGCCCUGGCCCCCCUCCCUCGCCGCCUACAUCCAGCCCGCCUGCCUGCCCCCCCCCUCGCAGACCCUCAAGGAGAACCAGCGCUGCUGGGUGACCGGCUGGGGGUACCGCUCAGAGGAAGAUAAGGUGUUGCCCAGCGUGCUGCAGAAGGCGGAGGUCGGCAUCCUGAGCCAGACGGCCUGUAAGAAGAGCUACGGGCCCGUGUCGCCCCGAAUGCUGUGUGCCGGGGUGCCCACCGGGGAGCAGGACGCCUGCAGGGGCGACUCGGGGGGUCCUCUGGUGUGCCGGUCGCAGGGGGGGGCGGGGGGCCGCUGGUUCCUGACGGGCAUUGUGAGUUGGGGCGCAGGCUGCGGGCGCCCCAACCUUCCCGGAGUCUACACCAAGGUGGCCAAGUUCACAGACUGGAUCCACAGCCACAUCCACUGACCCGCCUCGCAGGGGGACACAGGGGCGCCGACCAGGGAGGACAAAGGGGACAGCUGUCAGAGCCCAGGGAGAGAGGGGGCCCAGAAUUGGGUCCUUAUUACGUACAUUGUAUGUAUUGGGCUUGCGGGCCCUUUUUGAUGACUUUGUCCUGGGUCCGGCCAAAGCUGUCACUAGCCCCUGGAGAGACACAAACAUGUUCCCAAGUCAGCCAAUCACCAUGCACCGUCCCCCGUCUUUCCCUGUACUCCCUUUUUCUGCAAAAAUGGCAUUGAUUUGUGGUCAUUAGCGGCUGAAUAGUGGCUGUUCAUGUGUCCUGCCCUCCUGCUAAGCAUCCACAAUAAA